AUAAAAUGGCUGUACCUGCAGUCGUGGAAGAAGGCGCCUUGCAACAACUGCCUCACUCCUUGCUCCCAUUCCUACAAGCACAGUCGCAGGGGACCUUGACGCGCCUAUGGGGACGGCCAAGCGCAUGCCUGAGCGUAUUUCGGCUGUUAAGGCCUUUGGACCAGCAGCUUGUCAUGAACCUUCUGUGGCUUGAGUCUGCCGUGCCGGCGCAAACAAUGCAGCAAUGGAUAGUACCUGGUGGAAACAAUCGAAAGCUUUACCACGCUUCUCUUGAGAUACUGUCCAGGCUUCAUAUUCUGAGCGGAAAUACACAAGUCAGGCUCCAACUGAACUCGACCUGGAAAGCGAGCUUGAGGGCGGCAAUAACAGGCGGAACUGUCGCAACAUCGUCUGGGAGUUUCGGAAUUCCUGCAGAACGGGGCGCCAAAGAUUCGAUGGAUAAGGAUGGCUUGGAUGCUUUCGCUCUGGAACGAUGGGAGACUAUCCUGCACUUCAUGGUUUCAUCCGGCACCGCCCAUAAUCCUCCUCGGCCCUCAGCAGGCGUACUCUUUCUGUUACAACGCAGCGGCCUGAUGGGUGGCGGAGGCAAUCCUCAAAUCACAUCGGCCGGUUUCCAAUUUCUGUUACACGAGCCACAUGCACAAUUGUGGGAGCUUUUGCUCCAGUAUCUGAGGAUGGCGGAGGAGCGUCAGAUGGACCUCGUCGAGGUGCUGUCUUUCAUCUUCAUGCUAUCAACUACGGAGUUGGGACGGGAGUACUCGACCGAAAAUUUGUCUGACACGCAGAAGGCAAUGCUGGAGGACUUGCGGGAUUAUGGAUUAAUAUGGCAACAAAAGCCAACGUCGAAGCGGUUUUCGCCGACACGACUGGCGACCACACUCACGUCGUCGUCACCGCCCCUGCCCACGUCGGGCAGCGGCGUGUCGGAAGGCUUCAUUGUGCUCGAGACAAACUACAGGUUAUACGCCUACACUGAUAACCCCUUACAAACUGCCGUUCUCGCUCUUUUCACCACCCUUCGCUCCCGCUUUCCCAACCUCGUCGUGGGACAGAUCACCCGAGAGAGCGUCAAACGUGCACUCCAAAGCGGCAUCAGCGCGGAGCAGAUCAUCAGUUAUUUGUCGACGCACGCUCACCCUCAAAUGCGAAAAAAUAACCCUCUUAUACCCGUGACAGUGCAGGAUCAGAUACGGCUAUGGGAGCUUGAAAAGAACAGGCUCAAGUCGCAGGAAGGCUUCCUCUACACCGAGUUCGCCUCGCAGGGCGACUACGAGUACGUCCUUAACUACGCGAGGGAGCUAAAUGUGGUACUUUGGGAGAACCCCGUCAAGCGUUGCUUCUUUGGGAGCAUGGAAGGGCACGCCAACAUACGAGGGUUCAUUGAGCGGCGGAAGGCGCAGGCUGGUUAAUUGUCAGACCUGCCCUUUUAUGGGCACAAUAAC